CCACGUGUGUUUGUCGUGGCGGCCGUGGAAACAACAUCGCAAGAGGCUGGCGUCGACGAAACGGGCGGCAGGGGAACGUCCGGUGGCGGGCAUGCAAGCAUGCGCAGGUGUUGGUGCAGGUCAGGGCGGAAGACGACCUACAACUGCGGAGCCUCCAUGGCGGUACGACCCAUCUUUGUACAGGCAUCUAGAGUCAUGGGAGACACCACUGCCCCCGUCGGACGAGGAGCCGGAGACGGAAGAACUUCCAACGUUGCCUCUUGCCAGCGGGUCGACACAGCUGUUGUCGCAGACGGUGCAAGCAGGCGGGUCGACUAGCAACGAAGGCGGCGAGUUCACCUCACUGCUGCACCAAGGCUUGGGAGACGACGACGACGGCGGAGUUGAUCUCAGGUUCGGGUUGUGUUCUGGCGGCGCUAGGGAGGCGAGCCGUACGUUCAUCAUCGACACCGAUCCUUCGCCACGUGGCGUUCAACAUGUUGUUCGUAGUCGAUCCGUUGGGUGUGGCGGCAGAGGUGGCGCCAGCGACGACGGCGGGAAGUCUGCGACGUACCGGUCUCCGGAAGACCAAAUGCUCCUGGUGAGAUGCAAGCGGGAGCAAGACAUGCACCUCGUCGGGCUGGGUCACAAUUACAGUCGGAUGCAGACCAAGGAGUGGAAGUGGGACGACAUUGCGAAGCGCAUGGCGAACGCGGGGAGGCCUAGAGACGUGGACGACUGCAUGAAGAAGUGGGACAAUCUCUUCCAAAACUACAAGAAGAUACAGAGGUUUCAGAAUGCGAGCGGCCAGCCAGAUUUCUUCAGGCUAUCAAAUGAAGAAAGGAAGGAGCACAACUUCAAGUUACGGAUUGAGAGGGUGUUGUACAACGAGAUCCACGCAGGCAUGGUGGGCAACCACACCAUUUUCCCUCCCAACGUCGCCGACACUGGAAGUCCGGACGGGGUGCAGCUGCCCAGGCGAGGAGCGGGUGGUGGGGAGUCUGUUGGUAGUGAGGCCGGUGGUGAAGGUUUCCCUGAAGAACGUUCUUUUGCGAGGGGCUCCGACAACGACGCAGGCAGUGGGGCUGGAGGCGGGAAGCGGAAGAAUGCGCGUCAACAGGCGUUGGAGUCGAUCGCUGAUGUUAUGGACCGCCAUGGCGAACUGAUGUCGUCGACGAUCGAAUCGUCUAGCAAGCGGCAAUGCAGCAUAUUCACGAGGCAAUGCAACAUACUCGAGCAGGAAGUUGCAGUCCAAAAAGCGCACUAGGUGGCGUCCGAUGAGACGCAGAGGAUGAUGUGCCACACACUUAUGGAGAUCGCUGCCGCCAUC